GUCAGUAUAAGCAGUAAUUUCAAGAAGUGGUUACAGCAUUAAAUGGUGCAUUGGUUAUUACAUCAUUAUGGAUUACAAUAAUAUUUAUAAAAUGGUAUUGUUAAUGCUCUUGACAGAAACGGUACGUUCAUGGCCAAAUCAGAGACUCGCAGCACAAAAUAAAGACACCGAAAUCGUCUACAUACCGUAUGAUGUAAAAUACGUUCCAAUAGAAGUACCAGAGUCUUUGAGCGAUCAGCUAUCGCAUAGAAUGUUAACAACGUUUCCUGUACAUGAAACUAUUUUAAAUCAAAUGGGAGUUAAAAAAAAUGCCUCCUUUUCAAUUUUAGAGAAGGAAACAGAUGCUUCUAAAUUCCAUCGAUCUAAGAGAGAAAUCAACCCUAAUUCCAGAAAUCCACUGGAUCAUGUUGUGGUCAGAAGGCAAACGUAUUCGGCGCCUUAUAGAAGACGCCUGAUGUAUAGACCUCUAGUGCAAUAUAGAAGAAACUUUAGCAGCAGAAGAAGAAUUGAUGUUCCUCCAAGAAGAAAUGCAUUGGUUGGGUAUUUGAACGACAGAGAUUAUUUUCCCACAGUCGCAUAAUCCAUCACACAAAAGUUUUUAUGUAUGGAACUGAUUGACUUUGUGAUAGUAUGUCAUAAGAUAUUUAUUUUAAUUUAUGUUUUGAA